AUGUUUUCUGGAGCGGUGAAGAUCAGCGACAUCAGCGACUUUAUAAAUCCAUCCCAGGACUGCGUCGUGAGCAUUGGAGGAACGAAAGAGGCCAUACUCACGUCUGACCUCGAUGAGUCCGGCAUGGUGCAGGUGCAGCGGCCCCGGACUGCGGGCGCUUUACAAAAAGACGCAGGGGCACAGGCCGCGGCGCCAGUGGCGACCCUCGGCGCCCAUCCACCACCCUCCCCAGUCACCAUCUCGCUGAACGACUGCCUGGCCUGCAGCGGGUGCAUCACCAGCGCCGAGACGGUCCUGCUCCAGGCCCAGAGCACGGCGCAGCUGCUGGGCAAGCUGGAGGAGGCCAGGGCAGGGGGGCACCUGCGCGUCGCCAUAUCCCUCUCCCCCCAGUCCGUGGUGUCGCUGGCCGUGGCGGCCGGCCAGGCCCCUGCGCUGACGCAGUCGCGCCUGGCCGCGGCGCUCCGCGCGCUGGGCGCCCACGCCAGUGCGGCGCCGCGCCUCCCCGUGCUGGCCUCCACCUGCCCCGGCUGGGUGUGCUACGCGGAGAAGACGCACGGCGCCUGGGUCCUGCCCUUCCUCUCCCGCACCAAGAGCGCGCAGGCAGUCACGGCCAGCCUGAUCAAGGGUAGCUGGGCGGCGGGGGAGGGGGUGGCGCCUGAGGACGUCUUCCACUGCUCCAUCAUGCCCUGCUUCGACAAAAAGCUGGAGGCCAGCCGCGAGGAUUUCACCCUCGGCAUUGAGGGGUCCAGCCGGCGCGUCGCGGAGACGGACUGUGUGCUGGCCACGGCGGAGGUGGCGGCCCUGCUGCAGGAGCGAGGCCUGCGCCUGGACUCACCCCUGCCCGGGGAGGAGCUGCAUGGCGUAGAGCUGGAAGAGGGCACGCUGGUCACGCAGGCCGGGCGGAACCCAGACAUCCAGGAGACGUCGCUGGAUGUGGCGAGCAAGACAGUGUUCCGUGCUGCAGCCAUCUACGGGUUCCGGAACAUCCAGGGCCUCAUGCGACGCCUGCGCCUGGGCAAGUGCCCCUACGACUACGUCGAGGUCAUGGCCUGCCCGUCUGGGUGUCUGAACGGAGGCGGGCAGCUCCGCCCCUCCCCCGGCCAGACACCGGCACAACUGAUCCAGGCGAUGGAGGAGGGUUACCACGCCUGGCGAGGGGACCUGACCCCGGGCGCCCUGGGGGACAGCGACAUGCUGGCUGGGCCCCAGCUAGACCCCGGGUCUGCCGCCCGCCUGCUGCACACCCAGUACCACCACCGAGAGAAGUCGGCGGCCAGCGUCCUGAAGGAUUGGUGA